AUGAUGGACUUCGCCGACGCCGUAGCAGACUGCCAGCUACUAGACCCAGGUUUUGAUGGCCCACCGUUCACUUGGACGAGGAGUGGGCUCUGGGAGAGAUUGGACAGAGUUCUUCUUGGGGAGCACUGGACGACCGCCUUUGCGGCUACUAGGGUGACUCAUUUGCCUAGGAUCUAUUCAGACCAUGCCCCUUUGCUCGUGCGGUGCCAGCUCACUACUCAGAUUCUGAGGCCUUCGUUUAGGUUUCAGAAUAUGUGGGUUCGUCAUCACACUUUCAGGGAUGAGAUUGCCAAAGUGUGGACGGCAGAGACGGGUUUCUUCGGCAUGCUUAACCUCCAGUUCAAACUCAGCAGAGUUAAGGGUUUUCUUAAAGGAUGGAAUAGGGAUGUCUUUGGGAACAUCUUUGACAAGCUGAGGGAGGCAGAGGAGGCAGUUGCCGCUGCACAGGCGGCUUACGACGGGGACCCGACAGGAGCCCACAGAAAUGAGCUUAGCCGAUGCACCGCUCUCUAUGUUCUCCGCACUAGGAUGGAGGAGGAUUUCUGGAAGCAGAAGGCUGUCAUUCGGUGGGCGGUGGAAGGCGAAAGGAAUUCUAAAUUCUUCCACGGGUGGGUGCGACAGAAGCGGGUGAAGUCCCGGAUUCACGCCAUUCAUGCAGGAGGACAGACUCUCACGUCAGAGGAGGACAUCCGACAGUCGGCGGUUGGCUUCUUCCAGCAGCUGCUCACGUCCGACGUUGAGCACUUGGAGCAGCCGGACCUUGAUCUCUUGCGCAGUCUCCCUAGUCUGUGGACCGCGAGGCCUCUGUGCAGUCCCCGGCUCAGAUGA